CUCACGCAGUCUCCGUCACCACCACCCACCCACUCCCUAUCCCCUUCCCUAACCAUUCAACCUCCCGUAAAGCGCAAGUCAUGCUGCUUAACUGCAGCCUGGAGCGGUUCCUCUAAGGAGAGCCCUUUCUUUUCCAUCUUUUAAGGGAAAAUAUCUCAAGACUAGGAGACUGUACCGUGAGUUCUCCAAACAGAAAGGAGUGACAAGGCCGAGUGCAGGUCGGAGAAAAGAGACCAGAAUAAGAGGUACCACUUUUUGAGAGAGAGAAAGCCAGGCAGUCCCGAGAGAGAAAGGGAAAUCAGGAUUAUACUACGUCUGCUACUUGGACGGAGAGUAUUGUUUGGUCGGUGUAUUCGAAACUGCAGUUGACCCAGAUUCAAAGUUGUGCAUCGCGAAGAGGGCCCUUUUUCUUUCUGGUUUUUUAUUAAAUAAGAAAAGGGAAGAGGGUUGCAGCAACGUGGGACGUGACUCGCAGGUCCUACAGGAACAUCGCGAUCUCCCUUAACAGCCACCUCAAGGGACCUCACCUCCAGGAACAGGAGUUGAGUUGAAACCGGACGAAAACCGCAAGAGCUGUUGAUUUGCCACCCGAUUCUCCAACACGCAACCAGAAUCGACCUAUUUUCCUGCACAAACAGACUCGGCCCAAGUCCAGUUCCUGCGAGUUCAAGUUUGUGCCGCCUUUGCUCGCCCCGGUCGCAGCCAAUAAUACCGUGCUAUUUCAACAACCCCCGCCAUCGGUUUCCCGGAGCUUUAAAAGCGGCGUUGCACUUUUCCCAAUCGAGAGGCCCAGGCACGUGCAGUUCAAGAUACCUUAUUGUGAUCAGGUGGUCUUUCCCAACUGGUCUAGUAGUAUCAUAACAUCCGCUGGACUCGGCGAUUUAACUGCUUUAUAAAGCCAAUUCGGGCUGGAGGGGGAAUUUGCGACAAGAUGGACCCAGUAAAUCCCGCAUCGCUGCCAUCUGAGUACUGGAGCAGCCUGGAUCCUUAUGCGAACCCAGACUCCUCACACCACCACUCGCAUCCGCCUCAGCAGCAGUCAACUCCGCAGCAAACACAACAGCAACAGCCCAUGGGCAUCAGCUGGGAUCACCCAGUGUUGCAUUCACAACCAAGCCACCGCGAUCAAUCCCAUGGCCUGUAUCAGACACCAUCACCUCAGUCAUGGCAACAAAAUCCGCUGCACCACCAGCCCAUUGCCCCUGCAACGCCACAGAAUUUGGGAAUACCAGCUCAGUAUCGCCAAGUUCCGCAAUAUGCGCAGGGCCAGGUGACUUUCGACUCGAGAGCUGUGCCGGCACCAGAAAACUCUCACUAUCAGUCAUACUCGUAUCCUUCGAAUUUCUAUCCUCCGCAGCAUCUCUCAAUACCAGAUCCUUUCCCCCAAUCUCACUCGCCGCAGCCGACCCAGCAGCAAUCUCAGUCAGCGUCUUAUCCCCCGCUUCAUCAGAGUUCUGUUCCUCAGUACACAAUCCCCUCCGGAUUUGCAGACGAACAACCGCAAUCGUCAAUCAACUUUGCAAAUGAGUUUGUGCAACAGCCUCCAAGUCUGUCUGAACAGACGAUCAACCCGCAAUACAUCAAUCCUCAGCAGCCUGUUAACCAGAAUCCCUCACUUCAUAACCAGUUUGUCUAUGUAAACCCUGCGGAGGACCCAAAGAUGUUCAGCUACUUUCCGGACAACUUGCAGAUGCAUCCGAUGAUGGGGCAACCCGCCAUCAAUGGCUCGCUAGUUCCUGGCCAACCCGCCAUCAAUGGCUCGCUAGUUCCUGGCCAACCCUCCAAGGUCGGGGGAGUUCCAAUUAAUGGUCUUAAAUCAAUCCCAGCAAAUGCAAUGGCCAAAGUCGCACCAUUACGUGCGAAGCCAGCCGGUACUAAAAAGCAAACUCAGACUGCAAAGGCACCUCUUAAAGCGGGUAGCAAGAAGACUAAUGGGAAAGGCUCGGUCUCCUCCGACUCGGAGAGUGACUACUCGGAUGACUCGGAUCUCGAAAUCCAGGAACCGGAGGAGCCUUCCCCUCUUCCGCCUGCUCGCCCUAAUGAGCCGGAGGCUGCUAUACAGUAUGAUUGCCUCCAAGCUGUGUGGUAUCCGCGUAAUAGGCGGCCAAAGGUCGACAAACUCAAGGCCGCAAUUGUGGCGUUUAAAGACGUUGUCAAGACUGUAAGGGAUGCAUGGAGAGAAAGUUCUCAAGCUCUAAAGACAGCAGAAAAUAAGGGAGAAUCCAACGAGACUGCCGAACUCAGAAAGCAGGUUGCACUGCAACGGCGCCUCAUGGACGUGGUCGUCAGUACCACUCUAGAAAAGGGCCACCCCAUGAUUGUUGAAAAGCUGGGCGAACAUCCGAUGGCAGUGGCUGCGCUCUACUCCUUCCUUGUGGAUCGCCACCAGGCUUCCGACAUCGAUGGAACAUUGACAGUCAACAUUCUCAAGUUACUUGCCCGUUUCGUAACCAUGGAUGAAGAAGCUCUUACGAAGACAAACGUCGCAAAACUGCUUCCCAGAUUCGUGAAGAAGGGCAAUCAAGUAGUAAAAACUCUUGCCCAGAAUAUUCUCGACAACGCUGCUGCAUCUACGAAACGCAAACAGGAAGCUGCCAAGCCUGGGCCUAAAGAAAGCUCGCCGAAUAAGAACGCCGUUGUCAAUGGUGCGCGUAAAGACACUACUGGCGCGAAACGGCCACUGGAUGGCGAGCAGAAUGGACAGCCAGCUACCAAACGAGUAGUUGUUACAUCCAACAUCAAACCUGCCACAAAGGCCGGUAGCCUCGCUGCCAAUGGCGCUGCAAAACCAGAAAACAAGUCCGUUACAACCACUGCUAAUUCUGCGCGUCCAAAGGCGAACAUCGUUGCCCCAAAGCCUACGAAUCUCUUUGGAAGUUUGACUUCUGCCUCUAAGAAACCGGGAACAUCGAAUGCAGAGCGAGCUGCUGCCGCCGCCGCCGCUAAGUCUGGAACCCCUGCAGAGAAGAAAGAGGCAGCCGCCCGACCAGCAUUCUCAUUUGGUGAUAUCAUGGCGGACCUCAACAAGCAAAAGGAUCCUUCGCCACGAGAGUCCUCCGAGAACCAGACUCCUGAAACAGAGGAAGAGCGAGCGAAGCGAUUACGCAAGGAGGCGCGAAGGAAACUCCGUGUCACUUGGAAGCCUGACGAGUCUCUCACUGAAGUUCGCCUCUUUACCCAUGAUCCAGACGAGGAACUCGGACCAGGCGAUCGCUCCCGUCAAGGGGGUGAUGUCAAAGGCGAAGGAAGCGUUCUCAAACUCCAUAAGAAUAUCGACGAGCUCGAAGAGGAUGAUGAAGCCGGUGUCAAGGAGGAGCAGUUUGCGGAGUACUAUGUUCCUUCUGAAAUCGACAUUGACAACGUCUCACCUGAUGACCGUGCACGAAGCUACAUCAAACGCGCCGGCAUACUUAUUGCCACAAGUCCAGAGGCGAAGGCGCAAGAACAUCGCGAAGCAACUACACUCAUGGCUAUUUACACAUCACCUGCAGACGUUCCGCCAUCCGCCAAGGAGCCGCCUCCACCGGACAUGGACGAAAUGGUGCCGGAGGUUCUCUCGUUUGGGGAGCUGCCGGAUCAUGUCAAGGCUCGCCAAGAGAAGUACUUUGCAAUGACCAACCCUCAGAAGCCACCAACGCCGCAGAGUCAGCCACCACAGAACAACCAGUUCGUCCUUAACCUCCUCAAUUCUAUCCAAAAUCCGAGUCAUCCGCAUACGUCGACUCCGCCUGUUGCCAGCCAGCCAGCUCCGAUCUCGCUGGAACAGACAAUCAACAUGCUUCGACAGCAACAGCCCAACAACCCGCCCGCACCUCCUCCGAUGCCGCAGCCAAACAUCGACUCGCGACUCUUGGCUAUGCUCUAUCCUGGUCAGCAACAACCACCUCAACCUCAGCCACAACCACAGCAAGGAGGCAUACCGGCCAAUCUCGCUGCGAUUAUAUCGCAAUUAACGAAUCAGACCCAGCAAAAUCAACAACCUGCGCAACCCGAGGUCACCCAAACUCACACGACAGGCCACUACGAGGAUCCAGAGCGAAAGCGUAUGCGCGAGUCUGGUGGGUAUGAUGGCGAAGAUAGAUGGAAGCGUAACCGGACGGGUGGUGCGCCAAACAAGAAACAUCCGAAAGCUGGAUUAGUGCCAUGUCGCUACUGGCGCGAAGGAAAAUGCCUCAAGGGGGACAACUGCACAUUCCGGCACGACCCGUUCUGAAGGGCACCCCGACACAUCUUGACACAUUUCUCGAUACCCGAACGUUCUCAUCAUCAUCUAUGUGACCUGUACACUGCAUCGAUUUUCAUUCUACAUAUACAAUACACGCCAGUCAGACAUCAGAGAUCUGGUAUUUCCACCGCCCAAUAAUAACGCCUCACUUGCCGUGUUAUCUGUUCAAGUCAUUCUCAUCCCGCGACCAGGCUUUCCUUUUUCUUCUUCUUCUUCUUCUUCUU